AUGUCAAAACACCAUGAAGGCAUACGACAGCUUUGUCAAAACCAAGAUUUUCGUCUAUUGCAUGUGACUCGGCACAAGAACAAGUACAAGAUGAGACUGGUUCGGCCUUGUAUCCACAAAGGGCAUCAACAACGGGUGCUUGAAGAGGGCUAUUAUGCAUUAUCACAUUUAUGGGGAAAUGCCAAGGACUAUCCUUAUUGGCAAGUGGAUGACUUUAUCAGUGACAAGGAAGGAGGUGGACGGCGCAAGGUGGAUCCCGUUCCCAUGCGACCUGAAAAACGAGACACAUUGAUCGCCUUGCUUAAAAAACAUGUCAACAGCUAUUGGUGGAUUGAUGUCUUGUGUGCACGUGUGGACACGCCACUCAUGAUCAUGGGGAGCAUUUAUCGGUACUGCAAAUCCUGUGUGGCAUUGAUUGAUAUGGCAGAUCCAUUUUCGAUGCAUCGUUUGGAAGCAUUAUCAGGUGCCUUGUCCAAGGCGAGUGGUGGUUAUUACUAUGCCAAUCGACUCUUGCAUCGGCGACCCAACAUUACGAGUAAGCAAGUGGAGCGUCUUGUGUUUUCAAACAUUUUGAGUCUUCAUGGCAUUGAACGCAACUUUGGCAAGGAACUCAACGUGGUGUUACAAGUGAUCCAAAGUCAAUGGUUCACAAGAGUGUGGACUGCACAAGAAUUUUUAUUGCCCAAGCAAAUUAUCAUCAUGCCCGAACAACGUGCAUCCGCUCCUACUCGCUAUCGUAUGGAUUUUGCCCUUUUGGAAAAGAUCACCGAACGCUUGGAUACCAUCUAUAGGGUCGUUGAUAGGAUUCCUCUAUUGGCAAAAAGUACCCAGCACCUGGCAUUGACUCGACAUGUAGGAUCCAUGCAUGUGCUUUGUGGUCGAAGUCAUCAACAUGAAGGCGUACUCGAUAUCUACAAUAACCAUCGCUCACGUGUUUUACCACGACUACGCAAUGUUUUUGAAGCAUUGGCAUCCUCCUCAAGAGUAUGUGCUGUGUCUGUUGAUUAUGUCUAUGGCGUCAUUGGGAUGCUUGAAUUGGAUGUUCCUAGAUUGGAUCAUCCCCAAGAUGUUUGGAAAGCGUUUUUGAGCGAGUUGAGAAGACUGCUAGCCCACUUGACAGAGCAAGACCAAGGAUGUAUGUGGGCCAAGGUCGUCAAGGAUGAAACGUUUGAUUUGGCCAAUGCCGAAAAUCUUGGUCAUGUUUAUACGGGUCUUGUUAAAUUCUCAAGGCGGCGUAAUAGAAAAUCCAAGCGAGGAUCUCAGCCGGUGUCGAAGGAUAGUAAUGUAUCAUAA